CUCACACUCGGCUUCCAGAAGCAGAGAUGAGAGCAUCAUCCGCUUUGAGCGCUAAGGCGCAGUGAUUAAAUCCUCACAGAGAAAGUCUCAUUGUUCGUGCAUUUAAAAAAAAAAAAAAAAAAAAAAAUCUGAUCGCUUUAUUUAUUUACUCUUUUUGACAAUGUUUUUCAACACAAGGAUUUUAAGUUUUUUAUGUUCUUUUUUCCUGACUUUUCAGUGAAUGGGGGAGUUCGUUCUGCGCACAAGGAAUGUUGGCUCAAGCUUGCGACUGUGUGCGCUGAUACCAAAAAGUCAUAGACCGGGUGCAGAAUUGAUUAAAACUAAGAAGCUCGGAUCAAAUGGCUGCACUUCUCAAAGCAGAAACGACUAAAUGUUCCACUGACCCGAGGCAGAGGAGGGGAUUUUUAGACUCGGACAGCCUUGUUGCAGCUUGUUUUGCUGUUUUUUUCCUGCCAGGGAAGAUUGGAAAUGCACAUAUCUUGUAGGAAAAAGGAAUAACACUUUUUUUUCCAGUUUUCUUUUCUGUUUUUUCUGCAUUGAUAUUCACUUGGAGAGUGAGAGGGGAGAUGAUUUGGUCAAUACUUCUGCUCUCCAUUCUGAAUGGAGCUCUAUGUCAGCUGCACUACUCCGUGCCAGAAGAGCAAGAGCCUGGCACCGUAGUUGGGAAUAUCGCAGAAGAUCUAGGUUUGGACAUUACCAAACUUUCCGCUCGCCGGUUCCAGACGGUGCCAAGUUCGCGGACUCCUUAUCUGGAGGUGAACUUGGAGAACGGCGCUCUGGUUGUGAAGGAGAAAAUAGAUAGGGAAGAAAUCUGCAAGCAGACCAUCCCGUGCCUGCUGCACCUGGAGGUGUUUUUGGAGAAUCCGCUGGAGCUGUUCCGAGUCGAGAUCGAGGUGAUGGAUGUCAACGACAAUCCGCCCAGCUUUCCGGAGCCUGACAUUUUCGUGGAAAUAUCUGAGAGUGCCAUACCCGGGACUCGUUUCCCCGUGGAGAACGCCUUCGACCCCGACGUUGGCACCAACGCGCUCAGCACGUAUGCUAUAACCAACAAUAACUAUUUUUCCCUCGACGUGCAGACGCAGAGCGACGGGACCAAAUUCGCAGAGUUGGUGCUGGAGAAGCCGCUGGACAGAGAGCAGCAGGCGGUCCAUCGCUAUGUGCUGACGGCUGUGGACGGGGGCGUCCCGCAGCGGACCGGAACGGCUCUGUUGGUAGUUAAAGUUCUGGACUCUAAUGACAACGCUCCCACGUUCGAUGAGUCCGUGUAUACGGUUAACCUGCGGGAAAACUCACCCGUGGGGACUCUAGUCAUCCAGCUAAACGCCACGGAUGUAGACGAGGGACUAAACGGAGAAAUAAUUUAUUCCUUUAGCAGCCACAAUACCCCACGGAUAAAAGACUUGUUCAACAUCGACGAAAGAACGGGCAGGAUAGAAGUGGCCGGCGAGGUGGACUACGAAGAGAGCAACACGCACCAGAUCAACGUCCAGGCGAAAGAUCUGGGGGCUAACGCCGUCCCUGCGCACUGCAAAGUGCUGGUCAAACUUGUGGACGUGAAUGACAACACACCGGAGAUCAGCUUCAGCACCGUAACUGAGUCUGUGAGCGAGCAGCACGCCCCGGGCACAGUUAUUGCCCUUUUCAGUGUUUCUGACAGAGACUCUGGUGAGAAUGGUCAGAUGAGCUGUGAGAUCAUGGGCGACGUCCCCUUCAAGUUGAAGUCGUCGUAUAAAAAUUACUACACCAUCGUAACGGACGGCUCGCUUGACAGGGAAAACACGGACUCAUACACCAUCACAGUCGUGGCCACAGACAAAGGUCAGCCCUCGCUGGCCACCAGCAAAUCAAUUAAGGUGCACGUCUCUGACGAGAACGACAACGCGCCCCGCUUUACGCAGGCUGUUUAUGAUGUUUAUGUGAAUGAGAACAAUGUGCCUGGCGCUUUCAUUCACGCAGUGACCGCCUUGGACCCUGAUAUAGGACAGAAUUCUUUAAUAACCUACUCCAUAUUGGAGUGUGACAUCCAGGGAAUGUCUGUUGACACUUAUGUCUCCAUAAACCAAGACACCGGCUACCUUUACGCGCUGCGCUCUUUCGAUUAUGAGCAGCUGAAAGAGUUCAGCUUCAUGGUCCAGGCUAAGGACUCAGGUGCUGUCGAGUUGUUCUCCAAUGCCACCGUUAACGUGAUCAUAGUCGACCAAAACGACAACGCUCCCAGCGUUAUAGCCCCUAUAGGUAAAAACGGCACGGCUAAAGAACACUUGCCGCGUUCUGCGGAGCCUGGAUACCUGGUGACGCGCAUCGUGGCCAUGGACGCAGAUGAUGGCGAAAACGCACGGCUCUCCUACAGUAUCCUGCGGGGCAAUGAGAUGGGAAUGUUUCGCAUGGACUGGAGGACCGGAGAGCUGAGAACGGCGCGCAGGAUCUCCCCCAAGCGGGACCCACAGGGCUUUUACGACCUGCUGAUAGAGGUGAGGGACCACGGGCAGCCUCCUCUCUCCUCUUCCGCAAGUGUGAGCGUAAUACUAGUGGACAGCGUGGUGGAGGGCCGCAGUGGGGACCGCGGCUCGGCCUCCAAGGCUAAAGAGACUUCUCUUGAUCUCACCCUGAUUCUCAUCAUCGCCCUGGGCUCCGUGUCCUUUAUAUUCCUUCUGGCCAUGAUAGUGCUGGCCGUGCGCUGUCAAAAGGACAAGAAGCUCAAUCUGUACACGUGCCUGCUGGCCGGCGACUGCUGUCUGUGCUGUGGCUCCUGCUGCAGCAGGCAGAGCCGCGGUAGGAAGCAGAAGAAGCUGAGUAAAUCCGACAUCAUGCUGGUUCAGAGCACCAAUGUGACCACGGGAGUUGGGCCCGUUGGACAGGUGCCAGUGGAGGAGUCUGGGGUGGGGAGCGUGGGAGGCGGGUUUGGCUCCCACCACCACCAAAACCAGAACUCCUAUUGCUACCAGGUGUGCCUGACACCGGAGUCUGCCAAGACGGAUCUGAUGUUCCUUAAGCCGUGCAGCCCCUCCCGCAGCAACGACGCUGAUCACACCAACCCCUGCGGGGCAAUAGUGACCGGCUACAGUGAUCAGCAACCGGACAUUAUAUCUAACGGCAGCAUUCUAUCCAGUGAGACAAAACAUCAACGAGCAGAACUCAGCUAUCUGGUGGACAGACCCAGGCGUGUCAACAGUUCUGCAUUUCAAGAGGCAGACAUUGUCAGUUCUAAAGACAGUGGUCACGGCGACAGUGAACAGGGCGACAGCGACCACGACGCAACAAACCGGGGUCACUCAGCCGGUGCUGACCUGUUCUCCAACUGCACAGAGGAGUGCAAGGCCCUGGGUCACUCUGACCGCUGCUGGAUGCCGUCCUUUGUGCCAUCAGAUGGGCGUCAAGGGCCGGACUACCGCAGCAAUCUGCACGUCCCUGGCAUGGACGCCACGCUACCCGACACUGAGGUACCCUGCUCCGUCAACCUAUCCGACCAACUCACAAUGACCUCCUCCACCGCCUCGUCCAACGAUAGGUCAUUCUCCACCUUUGGCAAGGACGGCCAAAGAUCACAGUCACACCACAGCCUUCAAAAUCACCUCCAUCAGCAACAGCAGCAGUACAGCUCCAGCACGCUAGAGAGGAAAGAGUAUGAUAGGGGGACCCUACCGUACAAACCAACCUUUCUCUCCCACAAAAGGAUUUGCUAGCUCAUUCCACGUAGACCUGUCGGAGACAGCGUGAAUUUAUGUACUACACCAUCAACACUGAUGCUAAAGACAGUGAAACAGAACAAAAACAAACGGCAACCUGGACAGCAGCAACCUUGGCAAAACUUCAUUUUCUCGGGUGGCGAACUGUAACGAAACCUUGGCGGUGGCUGCUGAGGGAGGAAAAAGGAGAAAUAAUUACUGAGUAGCUGUAAACCUCUUGAUACCCAAGGAGCAAUUCAAGGCCUUAUUUCUCUCAGCAGGACUGAGACCGGCAUGAAACUCUUGACCACAUGAAGGUUAUAAUGGUAUAAGAUUACAAAGUGAAGGAAUUGAAAUAUCAAAGUGAGUAAGGGGGACUAAUUAAAUUAGAGAGGUGUUAUUUCCCCCUUUGCCUGGGAGGGAGUUAGCCUCUAGAAAUAUGUGUGUGCCUGUUUACAUCGAGAGACAAUGCUUCUGUACAAACUUCAACCAAUGUCACACUGAACCCUUUAGCUAUUUCUACAAUCACCACUAAGCCAGCUGUACAGAGACUGUUUUGGGUGGAAAAGGAGACUGACAACAAGAGACUGAGCAAGAAGAUAAAGAGAGAAAAAGCGUGAAGGAGUAAGUAAUGUACAGGAAUUUAAAAAAAAAGCAAACAAGUGCAGUACUAUAGAUUCUGUAUCUCUGGUUUUUUGACUUGACUGUCUUUAUAUACCUUCUCUUUUUUGUUUCUGUUGUUCUUUCUGUGUGGUUCAAGUGUGCAGACUCUAGAAUAUUCAAAAUCACAAUUUUAGACAGGAACUUGUGGUCCAAAGUUGGGCUUAGUUCUCUUUCAAGCUUAGCUAGCCACUUCAGGAAGGAGAUUUGGACAAAUCACUGUGUUAAUGUUGAAUCUCAUUUUUGAGUUUAGGAAUAAAAUACCAGAAAAUGAAUGUUUCACGUUUGUUUAUAUUUUUCAAAUGCUUCUUAUCGUUUCUUAAGGUCCUUCCUGAGCUGACGGCAAAGAAAGUGUAAUGACCCAUCACAGAGAUCUGGUUCUCUGGAUGCCAUUGGCCUAUACAUAACCAAUCAGACACACUCAGUGGUUUUUAUCAUGUGUGCAAAGUGUUUACUGUACUAUUUUAAAAGCUUAUAAAUGAAUAUAAAUCUAUAUCUAUAUAUAUAUAAAACUAUAUAUAUAUACAAUAUACUUUUUUCUGAAAACUGUGUAACCAUUGAUUAGUUUUUACACUUCAUUAUGUCUCUCAAUCUAAUAAUACAAAGUGCUACAAAAUCAAGAUGUGUAUUGUUUUAUUUAAAGGAGGAGUGAAUAUUCUAAAAACCUUACACCAACCUACAGUUAAGUUAAUGUUUUUAAACGAUUGUUACUUUUCACUGUUUACAUAUGCCAGGCCUUGUUGUGUGCUGCAAAGACACCAUUUAAGUUGUUUUGACUUGUAUUGUAUUUUUCCAAGCAGAAUAUUUGGUGAUGUACAGGAUGGAAAAACUAUCUCAAUCCAGCAAGAUUUCAAAAGUUUUACAAUUAUAUGAGUAAGACAUAUGCAUAACACAGAAACAAGUUCCAUAUAUAGGUGAAUAUGGCAAAUACAUGCAUAAACACACAAACAAACAAAUACACACACAUACACAGAUAAAGUGGUGAUAAAUAAACUGUGUCAUUGAAGUUUC